GGUUGGUUACAGAGGGGGUGGAGUGUAACGUGCGGUAAAGGUAGAUUGAUCGGACACGUUGUUUGUAUUUGGUCAGUGACUGGAGUGAAAUAAGUGGCCAGCAAUACAAGUUGAGCACUAUCAAGGCGAUCAAGUUGGCAACGUGGAUUUUGUGGAAAUAGGACCUUCAAAAGAACUCACUAUUGUAUGCCAGUUAACAAUACACUUUGUUGAAGAAACGGUCAAUAGAAACAUGCACAAAGUGUGCCUCGUUUUGUUUUUAUUUGCUUCCGUCUACUCUGAGUCGGUAUGGGAGACUGAGACAUGGAUGCCCAUGAAGACGACCCAAGCUAUUUCUCAUGACGAGCUCAUCUCGUCUGGAGACUCCGCCAAUGGCUCAGACUUUGGCUUCCCCGAUGAGGAGCAUGACACAAUUGACAACGAGGACAAUGAGGAUUAUGACAACUUCUCUGGCUCUGGCGACGGAGUACCAACUAUUACAAUCAAAAAUGACAAUACCAUGAAAUCAAAGCCUUCUAUGAACAACAAGAUUCCAGACCUGAGGCUCAAACCCACAGUGAACGAGAUUCAAUUGGUCCAGAAGAACAAUGAAGUGUCAGUAUGGGUUUCUCCCAAGCCUGAGGAGCACCCAUCGAACGUACUGAUGGCCCAUGCAGGGGAGGAGAGCAUCUUCAACAAGACUGAGAUCCUAGCAGCUCUUAUUGCUGGUGGAGCAGUGGGGCUGUUCUUUGCUGUCCUCCUCAUCCUCCUGCUUGUCUACCACAUGAAGAAGAAGGAUGAAGGCAGCUACGACCUGGGAAAGAAUCCCAUCUACAAGAAGGCUCCCACCACAGAGGUCUACGCAUAAAGCCCACCUUCGCCGGGGCCGCUUGCCUCUUGAAAGCAAACCUCUCCUCUUGUCUGUACAGCCGGGAAGUCCCAGAGGGAGAAACGAUCACAAUCAAAAAACUGCUUCUCUUCUACCAUGAGUUCUACAAUGGUUCAUUUAAAUAAAUAAAAAAUCGGAAA